AUGGCUUCAUUUGCAGCAAAAUUCAUCAGUAAAAAAUUCCUGGGGGAAUCAGUCUCAAACAAGUUCGGAUCAGAGGACUUGUACUUCGAAACUGUUCCUGCUUCUCGCUUGGAUGGUGUGCCAUCAAAAAAGAAGACACAAAAGAGAAGAAAAGCCAUACCUGCUGGCAUAUCAGAAAAAGAUGCAAAGAUUCUUACCAAAGUCAAGCGCCGAGCUUAUAGACUAGACAUGAGUCUAUUCAAUUGUUGUGGAAUUAGAUUUGGAUGGAGUAGUGUAAUCGGUCUCGUUCCUGCCAUUGGAGAUGUUAUUGAUUUGUUCAUGGCGCUUAUGGUAUUUCGAACAUGCAGUCAGGUCGAUGGCGGACUUCCAAACAGUGUCAGAUCUAAAAUGAUGUUCAAUAUCGCGCUCGAUUUUGCCGUUGGUCUCAUACCAUUCGCAGGAGAUCUUGUCGAUGCAGUUUUCCGCGCUAAUACUAGAAAUGCGCUCGAGCUUGAAAGACAUUUGCGUGACAAAGGUGCGAAAAUAUUGAAGGCAAGAGGCGAAAGAUUACCUGCCGUUGACGUUACCGAUCCGCAUGAAUUCGAUCUUUAUGAUCAGGAACUCUCAGAUGAAGAACCUCCACGAUAUACAUCCAGAGCAAACACGGAGACUGUCAGUCCUCGUGAGCCAGGUGGACGUAAUCGUCACAGUUGGUUCGGAUAUGGCAGUAGCGCACCCGUAGAGCGAACAACACAACCUGAUCCCGAACAAGGACGUCGUGUCAAGAGAUCAGAGCGAACAAGACAACCUGAUGUCGAUCAGAGUCGACGCGAUAGAACAGACGCGCAAGACCCUCCACUUCCAGCUCGCCCUCAGAAGGUUAGGAAGAGUGGUAGACGUUAG